GACACUAUGGAUACACUUAAAUUUUAAAGCCAUAAUAAGACAUUUUAAACUAGUGAAACUUAAAUAUUUAAUUUAAGAUUAGAACAAUUAAAAUAUGUUUCAUUCUGUUUAAAUUUUCCAUAAUUCCAAUUUAAAUUUGUAUUCUAACAUAAAGUGAAAAGACUGACGACAGCUCACACUGAAAACUAUAAACACUGUGCACGGACCACUGUAAUAACAUAAUUCAUCUAAAAUGGCAGAUAUUUUGGAUAUAUUAGAUAUAGAACAACCUGGAGCUUCAGAAAUAACAAGAGACAGUAUCAUCCAUGGAGACAAAGCAAAAAAAAAAUAUGUUACCGCCAAGACGGUGCGUCGUCCGGAGGGAAUGCACCGUGAAGUAUUUGCUCUACUAUACAAUGAUAACAAGGAUCUGCCUCCUCUCUUACCUACUGACACUGGUAAAGCGUAUAAACAAACUAAAGCGAAACUCGGUAUGCGAAAAGUGAGGAAAUGGGUUUGGGCACCAUUCACUAACCCAGCACGCAAAGACAAUGCUGUGUUUCACCAUUGGAAGAGGGCAUCUGAUGAGGCAAAAGAGUAUCCAUUUGCACAAUUCAAUAAGCAAGUAUCAAUCCCAUCCUAUUCAGAAUCAGAAUAUAAUCAGUAUUUGAAAUCUGAAGACUGGAGUCAGGCCGAGACGGACCACUUGAUGGAUCUGUGUCAAAGGUUUGAUCUGCGGUUCAUUGUGAUACAUGAUAGAUGGGACCGAGCUGCCUUCCGAGACAGAAGUGUUGAGGACUUGAAGGAGAGAUAUUAUAAUAUUUGUGCCAUUUUAAGUAAGGUGAAAACGAAUCCUUGGUCGAAUUCCGUAACAAUGGUCAAUGGUGAGAAAAGAGUUUACCAUUACGAUGCUGAACAUGAAAGGAAAAGAAAGGAACAAUUGAAAAGGCUCUUUGAUAGGACUCAAGAACAGAUUGAUGAAGAACAAAUGUUAUUGGCGGAGUUGAAAAAAAUUGAAGCAAGAAAACGUGAAAGAGAAAGGAAGACCCAAGAUUUACAGAAACUCAUUUCUAGAGCCGACAGUGGGAAUGGUAUUGUUAGUAACCAAACCAGUGUUGUGAACGAAGGCGCCAACACUCCCACUGGCUCAACAUCAACGAUUGCUAGACGACAUGAUAGAAAAUUGCAUAAGAAAAAAUUAACAGCACAACAACGACCAGUCCGAACUGUUGAAACUGUGACUGUGGAAUGGUCAGGUAUAAAGUUCCCUGAGGCUCGGGGUGCAGGCGUUUGGUUGCGAUCUCAACGUAUGAAGCUGCCACCUGGCGUAGGACAGCGCAAGACUAAAGCAAUAGAGCAGGAAUUAAGACUUUUGAAUAUUGAUAUAGCACCAACACCGACGGAAGCAAUUUGUAAACAUUUUAAUGAAUUACGUUCUGAUCUAGCUUUGGCAUUAGAUCUGAAAAAUGCAUUGGCGUCUUGUGAGUUUGAAUUGCAGGCUUUAAGACACCAAUAUGAAGCUCUGAACCCUGGAAAGACAUUAACAAUACCAGCAUCAAUUUGCAACACCAAUGUGGAUGCGGAAAUAAAACCCCUCGGAGAGAUUAUUGAUGUGGUUGGAUCACCAAGUGCCCUGAACACUACUAUAUAGUAUUUACACAGACUUCAAUAUGUUGUUCUGUUCAGAAAAACAUAGACUUUCAAAACUGUUUUACAUUUAAAUAAUAGAAUAUUAUUUAGUAAAUAAAAAUAACUAAUAACUUAAUGAAGUACUCUAUGUAUAAGUAGGGUGUUUAAAAAUGUAGAAUUUUUGUCUGUAAAAAAGAUAGAAUGAUUAAAAGAAAAUGGCAUAUAAAA